AUGUCCACUCUAGAACAGUGUGACAAAGCAACCUUUCAUCAAACAGACCUGCCGUUUCUGCUAAAUUUCAACAGGAUAAACCAUUUUCACUCAUCAUCAGCUUACACGGUCUUUCCACCAUCAAACAUACAUUCUCUCUUACACUGGAAAGUCUUAGCUUUAUUAAUUAAAUCAUCCGAGGAUUCCGAAAAUUUACUUUCAUAUAAUUGUAAAUUGUCUCUAUGUAAAAUUACUUCACAUCCGAUACACACAGUUAUUGACACACAUUUUCAUUGGGACAAAUUCUUCCUACAAGCCAGAUUUUCUGGCUUGCCUUCAUACAUUUGGGAAGAACAAGAUAAUGAAAAAUUUCAGAUUAGAAAAUUAAUAUCAAAUUUUGUUUUUCCAAGUCGAUGGACAGCUUGCCUAGAUGGGGAUUUGUUAAGGGAGGAUAAGAGAAUUCUCCACACUAUUGGAAUCCAUCCGAAGGUAGCAGGGAACCAGGUGGGUCGGAACUUUAAUGAGUUGAAAAGAAGAAUCCCAGGUAAUUUUUUAGCAAUAGGGGAAUGUGGAUUGGACGUAAGUCAGGGGGAGAAAGAUAUAAGAGAGCAAGUUACGGUACUAAGAGUACAAUUAGAGUUGGCCAGAGAUUACAAGUUACCUGUCGUAAUUCACUGCAGAGGUAAAAACAUAACUGCCAGGUGCUUAGAUAUCAUGUCAGAGAUACUGGACAGGGAUCAUGGUGUCCACUGGCACUGUUUCUCCCAGGACAAGACAACAUAUGAAAAUAUAAAGCGGUGUUUUCCUAAUACAAAAUUUGGUAUUUCUCCAUUACUGUUAAUGGAGGAUACCUAUCCACAACUCCGCUCACAGGUUUGCGAGAUGAGCCUAGAGGACAUCAUUCUGGAAAGUGAUGCACCAUACCUCCACCCCAAGAACUAUGAGGACAGUUCUCCAAUAUUGAUUAGAUCUAUUAUACAGAAAUUGUCUAUCAUGUUUAAUAUUCCAGGAAGGGAAAUUGCUGACAUCACCACCCGAAAUGCUCAGCAGCUAUAUAAGUUUGAAUAG